UUUUUGGCAGUAGUAAAGUGAUCGUCAAAGAAUAUAGCCCCACGGAAAAUUUUAAAACAUCGAAAACAUAAAAUUAUGGAUUUUCUCCAAGUCAACUACGACAAGUACAAUAAAAUAUGGACUGGCCGGAAAACGCCAUCGCUGUACAAUAUGGAAGAUAAUUCGCUGGGUAAAAUUUUGUUCGCUCAAAUGAAAAUGCAUCCGAGUAAAGUGAUACAGAUCGAUGACAUCGAUGGCAAGGUCUCCACCAAUCAGGAAAUGUUAUCAUUGGCCAUACGCUUUGCUCUUUAUUUGAAAGGACGACGAAUGACAAGUGAAGAUAUUAUUGGCAUUGCAGCACGUAACACCACCUAUUUGACUCCGGUGGUAUUGGGUUGUCUCUUCAACGGGACACCAUUUCAUGCCGUCAAUCCCAACUUUCACGAAGCUUCCAUUGCCCACUGUUUUGCCAUAACAAAACCGCCGAUUAUCUUCUGUGAUGGCAGAGAUUAUAAGAAGAUACACACAACCACAAAAUCGUUUAAGCCCGAAAUUUAUACCACAAGUGAGCAUAUCGAGGGUGUUCCCACUGUAAUGGAUCUCUUCGUGCCGAACCAAAUGGAAUAUUUUUAUACACCCGAAAACCCCACAUUGGGUUCCGAACAAACCAUUGCCAUUUUGUGCUCCUCUGGAACAACUGGUCUGCCAAAGGCCGUGACAUUGCCUGGGGGAAAACUAAUGCCCGACCAUCAUUUUUUAAAUGCCGACGAUGUUGUUUUUGUAUCCAGUGGCAUAGAUUGGGUGAGUGGCCUUUCAUGCCUUGUGUCCAACUGUUAUGCUGGCUUUACCCGCAUUAUUUCCAGUAAACCUUUCUCUGCUUCCUAUUUUGUGGAGCUGGUCAAAAAAUACAAAAUAUCUAUGACUUUUUUGGCACCCAUGCAUGUAGUGGCCCUAAAUGAAUGUACCGAUUUUAGGGCAGAAAAUGUAUCAACCAUUCGAGAGGUUCAAGUUGGUGGAGGUUAUGUUUCGGAGGAAAAUUUUAAAAAGCUACAAAAAGUCAUGCCCAAAGCCAUAAUUGUUUUCAUCUAUGGUAUCACGGAAGUUGGUGUGAUUGCGGGAAAAUUUGGCAUUGUGCACGGCAAGGCGGUGGGAAAGAUAAUACCCAAUGUCCAGGUGCAAAUUAUCGAUGAUGACGGUAAACGUUUGGGACCCAAUGAAGUGGGCGAAAUAGUGGCUAAGAUGCCCUGCCGUUGGAGCGGUUAUUAUGGCAAUCCCAUUGAAACUCAGCGUAUUAUGGAUUCCAUGGGUUGGAUACGAACCGGUGAUUUUGGUUAUAUCGACGAUGAGGGCUAUAUGUUCAUUGUGGAUCGCAAAAAAGAUAUUUUGAAAUAUCGCAGUCUUCACUACUGGCCGGGAGAAAUUGAGAAUGCCAUACGGGAAUUGCCCGAGGUGGCGGAUUGUUGUGUGGUUGGUAUUUUCGAUGAUAGGGUCGGCGAUGUACCCGGUGCCCUGGUGAUUAGAAGGAAGGGCAGCAAAUUGACCGAACAACAAAUUAUCGAUCAUGUUAAGACGAGAUUGGUCGAACCCGAGAAGCAGCUGCAUAAUGGUGUCUACUUCGUUGAGGAUCUGCCUCAGAACAAUAAUGGAAAGGUGGUGAAACGUGAGGUCAGGGAAUUGUUCAAAACGCUAAUGGCUCAGAAUUUAGACCGUUAAAAAUUGUUUUGAAAAAACUAUUAUUUAUUUAGGUUAAGUAAAUGAUUAAAUUUCCUGAUGAAGAAAAUAAAUAUAACAAAAAUAAAAUUAGAAAUAUCCAAAAAUAAUCA